CUUUAACUUGUUUGAAGUUAAAAUAUAUGUCAUGUGACAUCUCCAGAUUCAAGAUGUCGUCUACAUCGUCUCAGUUUUUUCUGAACAAAGUUGAUGAACUUCAAAAACGGUUGAUGGCAGAGAACCGUUCACUUGAUGCAGAUAAAAAGAAUAGAAAUCAAGAUUCAAGUCCCAGGCGGCCUCGAAUGUGUAAGUAUUUAUUUAAGUUUAAAAAUUACACUUAAGCCUUAAAUAGAUCUGACUCCAAAUCCUGAAAACUAAAAAAAAAGUUGUAAAAGUAAAAUAAUUUGUUUGUUGUCAUUUUUGUGAACUGAAAUUUAAAUGUCCAGCCGGCCAGCCCUACUUAUUUAGUUUAUUCUAACCAAUUUAAAUAGAUAGUUUUUCUCUUAAUAAUUCAUUUGUGUUAAUCCUAGAGUUACUAAAGUAAGUUAGAACUUAAAAAUUAGUGUAGUGUAGUCAUAGUCAAAUUCAAUUAACCUACAAAAUUUCUGUAAAUAAUUAGUUCAUUAUUAUAAUGAUUUAUUAGUGAUUUAUUUAUUAUUAGCUCCAAUUUCUUCAAAUUAAAAUUGCUGAUCAAACUAUCCUGGUUAAAUUGCUUGUUAAUGUUAUCACAUCAUUGUUGAAAACCGGAUGAGUGGGCAUUUGUCUGGGCCUAAGUCUAAGUUAAGUACUAUUAAUAGUGUAAUAGGCUAUAGGUCUAAUUUUAGGUCUAAGACUAAUGACUAAUGAUUUAGUGGUGUAAAGUCAACCUAGACCCACCUGGGAUCCAUAUUUAAUAGACAAUAAAUACUAUCAAUAAAAUGCCUACCACAAAUACUGCACUACUAUUUGAGUUAGGCCUUGUCAAACGCCUGUUUAUACUAUAUUGGUUAAUUCAUCAAGUCCUUUCACCCAUAAUAAGUCGUACUAGCACUGAAUCAACUCAAGUCCUUUUUCAUAAUAAAUACAACUUUAAUAUAUAAUGUAAAUUCACAGACUGUAAAUUUCAUACACACAUGUAUAGCGCAGCUCGCUAUCGGAGAGAAAGAAAACAAGACCUUCUUCCACAAAGUUUCUUUCAUGGCUGUGCAUGACUAAAACGUAUUUCACAAAACAGACUAAAUAAGACGUCAUAAUAAGCAUAACAAUAUGUUACCAAGUCAAGUUUGAGAAUAGCAUUCACUAACUUAUUAAUCUCUCAAAAACACACAGCGAGCAAUCAAGCAUAAUAUCCAAUUGGAACAAUUAUUAAUGAACUCCUAUACUCGACAGGCCUAUCGGCCCAUAAUCUAGUUUAGUAUAGUAUAGAAUUGUCACUAUAUUAUAGUCGGCUAAUUUACGUUUGGUGUGCCACUUUGACUUUCUGUGUAGGAUUCUCUUACUUUUGUUUAUUUUUGGAUUGUUACUAGAGUUAACUUAUCUUUUUUUAAAAUAUUAAUCUGCAGAUGGAAUGUAUUAUAUUAUGUUAUAAUUUCAUUGGGUUGCUUAUUAUUAUAUUUAAACUUUCCGGCAUUUUGGAAAAUGGGUAUUGUAUUGACUGGUGCUUUUUCUGACAAAUUUUGGAGGGAAUUUUAGUUGAGGGAAUGGAGCGACUGCAGGUCAUCGACACUUCUUGCUGCAUAUCUAGAAAGAAACAAUAACGUUGCUACGUUUCCCAUAAAAAUUAAUGUACCGGCUGAUAUUAUUUCAUUAAAUUUUAACGUUUUGUUCUUAUUUUAGUUUCUCUCUGUAAGCUAAAACUUAGUACAUUCUCUCUUUCCCCUCCUCAUUUUAGCAAAUGUGUAUUUGCUUUACUUUUUUUUUACAUUGCUGUCAUAUUGGGUGCCAUGACAUGUCUAAGGUCAUGGCAGCCAUUGAUGAUGAUUGGCACGCUGAACGUAAAUUUACCUUACAGUCUAUAGAGCAGGGGUUCUGAAACCUGUGGUUCAUGGACCCCUUGGUGAAAAUGUGUGGGAGUUGCAGUUUCUUUGUAAUUUUAUCCAUUUAAAAACUGAAGAGGUUCACCUUCACUGCAUUCAGCUGAUUUGACAAAGAGGUCCACAGAAAAUAAAAGGUUAAGAACUCCUAGAGUAUUUUUCCUAUUGUAACGUGAUGAGACUACUCAAAAAACUUAUAAAAAAAUAAUAUUUUUGGCUAUAAAACUUAAUGCAGACUAGAGUUUAUUCAGUAGGACUAAUAAUUAUCAGCCAAUAUAAUAUAACAUAUUACAAACUCAAAGUUUUGUUUUCAAGUAAACGUAGACUUAAUCAUAAAGGCUUAAAUAGUUAUGAAUGGUGGAAAAAGUAGAGACGGUGAUGGUUUUAUAAUUUUAUAUCCAAUUUGUAAAUGAAAAUGCAUUUUACAAAAUGAAACUCUAAUACGAUCUAGGAUUAUAUUGAAACUUUUAAGACGUAAAUGAUUAACAUGGGGCUAUUUUAAUUUAAAAAUCACAGCUUAACAGAUUUUACGUGGAGCCUAUCAAUGCAUAAAAAUACAAAUAAGUAUUAUACUUAAUAUAAAACAACUCUUUUACUUUAAACUUGGUCUUUCUUAAUAAUUAAUAAAACUGAAACUGAAUUAAACAUUUGAGUUUUUUAAAAAUGUCCAAGUAAUCAUCACCCAUAGUAAAAAUCAACAGCUGUGAUUGACUGCAAAGUCACAAUGGAACAGUAAAAUGAAUAAAACCAUGAUGUUUUAUUUAAAAAAAUGUGAAAUCAAUAUUAAAACUGUAUCAUAAAGCAUUUUGAAAUUACGAAAUACUUCUCAAUAUUGCUUUCAGUGGGGACUGGUAUGCCAUUAACAGGCUCUUUUCCUGCACAAAAUCCAUCCAGAUCAAGCUCAGAGGGCAGGCGGAGACCUAAUAUGAGUGGCAUGCAGCUUGAUUGUGGAGCGAGAUCACCCCUCCGUGGUGUACAUGACAGGUAGUUGGCUAUUCAUGAAAUUAAAUUCUACUUAGCACAAAAUUUUGAUCAGUUUAUUUUAAAGUUUUAGCAUUAAGUAAUUUAUAUUAGCAACAUUUAAUAACUAAUUUAUUUUUACAAAUUUUCAGUGCAGAAAUUGACCAGAAGAUUGAAGAGAUAAUGAAACAGUCUGGCAUCCUAACUUUUGGAGAGCGGGUAAAGUGAUAAUAAUUUUAAAAAAAAUGUAAAACUUACUCCCUCCCUCUCUUCACCAAUAUACUUGUAAACUAAUUAUGAUUAAGUUUAAGUCAAAAAGUCAAAAUAAAAUUCUCUGAAUGAAAGGAUGCUCUAAUAAAAAUAAAAAAAAAAUUGUUUUAGCACUUCUUUGUAGGCCUAACUAAUAGGAUUCAUUUUAGUUACUGUAGAGAGAAAAUUUGUUGAAAUGUAGACUACACAAUGUCCCGAAUUCCAAGGCAUGAAAUAAUAUUCUAUUAAGUGUGAUAUGAAGGGUUGAUUUAGAACAGAAUAGGAUAGUUUAUCUAGAAUAUGUUUGUUUCCAUAAGCAGUAAAUUGCCAAAGUUUAUAGUUUACGUGAAUUGGCAAUCCCAAAAACAAACUAGAUUUAAAAUAAUUGUCUACUUGUAGAGAAUACUGAGCACUGUUGAAGAUCUUCAACCAGAAGGAGAACUGGGUCAUGGAACGUGUGGACAGGUCACACGGAUGCGUCACAAACCAACUGAUAAUUUUAUGGCAGUGAAAGUAAGUCAUUUUAAAAAAAAAAAAGUCAGCUUAGAAAGCUUAACAAAAUUGCUAAAUAAUUUUUUGUAAGGAAAAGCCAAAAGAGUAUUACUUCUUUUUAUUAUGAACACACCUACUGGUAAAGUUGAAGUCAAGUGCUGAUAAAUCUUGACAGACUGUUGAUUAAUUUCUUAAAUUUAUUGAUUCUAGCAAAUGCGACGUUCUGGCAAUAAGGAGGAAAAUAAACGCAUCAUAAUGGAUCUGGAUGUAGUUAUCAAAAGCCAUGAUUGCCCUUUUAUUGUACAGUGUGUUGGAACAUUUAUCACAAAGGUAUGGAUCUAGUAUUCUAGGAUUACUUAGCAGAAAUUGUUGUAAGAAACGGAGACCAGGAUAUAAGAGUGAGAGAAAAAAAAGGUAUAUUUUAAAUAUUAAAACCAAAAUAUUUUUUGUUUGUUUGGUCAUAUUAAUUUGGAUUCUUUUUUUAAAAAUGAAAUUUUAAUUUGUUUUAGAGUGAAGUUUGGAUAUGUAUGGAGCUAAUGUAUACCUGCCUGGACAAGUUAUUGAAAAGAACACGACAGCCAGUACCAGAGAAAAUAUUAGGAAAAAUUACUGUAGCCGUAGGUGAAACUUUAUGUUUGACUCUUAAAUCAUUAAAAAAAUUUAUGUGAUUUGCAACCUAGAUACUGUUUUAAUUUUUUUGCUCCCAAAUUCUUUUGAUUCAUUUUUUAAAAAACUGCCAUAUCUUUAUUCUGAUUUUUUGUUUGCAUGACCUUUAUCAUGUGCAUUUUGCGCUGGUGGCAGCUGUCAUAUUUCUUAACUUGUGAUUUUGUUCAUAUUAAAACAAAUGGUUUUAGAAAUUGUUAUACAAUAUGACUUGAUGUGCAAAUUUAGCUGGAAAAACAGGAUAUAAGAGGAAAAAAUUGUAAUUUGCUGCCAUUUAACUAUUUGUUAAUAUUUUUACAAAAGGAUUAAUUCCUUUGGUUAGAAAUGAAAUUCUAACUUUAUGAGUCUUUUAGAUUCUUGAAUUGACUGAUUACGACCUUGUGUAUCACAUAGUAAGCAACCUUAGCGGCUCGUCACACUUCAUAUUGUGAGAUGAGAGAUGAAAUACAGUUUUAAAAAACAACUUAUUUUAAAAGAAAAAUAACUCCAUAUAAUAUCCCAACUGAUAUUUUGUUUUAUAGUGAAUUACAUUUGUACAAUUUUCUUUGCUGUAUUCAAUUGUUUUCUUUCAUAACCACUAUUUUCAGACUGUUAAAGCCUUACACUAUCUUAAAGAGACACACGGAGUCAUACACAGAGGCAAGUGUUUUUUUUUUUUAAUUGGAGAAAACACGUUUUUAAAAUAAUGCAGUUCCACACCUCUUUCACCGUUAACAAUAUUUCAGCUACGUCGGUGGCAUCACUUUGAGUGUUGGGUGAGGUGUGGGCCACACCGGGUCACACCAUCACAAGGCUGAUAUGAGAGUCAAGGUGAAAGAAAAAUCCUACAAAUUGACAAAUCCAAAUAAUGAAAUUAAUUUGAAAAAUUCCAAUACAAUGUAACAUAUAAAUAUAAUAAAUAUUUAUACAGUGUAAUUAUUUUAUUUACUGGUAUUCUAUUUUUGGCUUCAUACUUGAAUUAUGUCCAUACUGUUACGAAAAAAAAUGUUGUAUUGUCAGAACUGCCAACCCUUCCCAUUUUGUUGGAAUUAUACAGAUUUUUUACCCCCUCAUUCCAACCUUCAGACAAACCCAUUUAAAUUCCGAUUUUUCUAAAGUUAUAAUUUUUCACAGCAUGAAAAUCCGAAAGCGACCAAAAAAAAGAAAAAAUCGCCUACGUGAGGACAUCCGAAUAGUAUUAGUCUAAUGGGAUCUGGGUGCGAAUGGCGGCGCUGCAUGUCCGGGGCCAUUUUGACUAAAUGCUAUUCGGAUGUCAUUUGUGGUAGUUUAUUUUAGUUAAACUGAAGAAGUAAGUUUACAAACAUAUAGUUCAUUCAAUUAUCUUUCAUAUGAUAACUCAUUUUGUUUUAAGUUUACAAACAUAUAGUUCAUUCAAUUAUCUUUCAUAUGAUAACUCAUUUUGUUUUAAAAUCCCAACAACAAUAUUUUAAAUAGUUUUUUUAAUCCCAACCUCUCACUUCUGGUACCCGGGCGCGAAUAGCCACUUCGUUGUUUUUAUCGAAGUGAACCGCGAUCUCCAAAAUGUUAAAAUGUUACAACAAAUUCUAAUCCACAGAUGUGAAGCCAUCUAAUAUCCUCCUUGAUCAGAAGGGUAAUGUCAAACUGUGUGACUUCGGAAUCAGCGGGCGACUUGUUGAUUCCAAGGCAAAAACCAGAAGUGCAGGUUGUGCAGCUUACAUGGCCGUAAGAUCAUUCUUUAUUUAGGACUGUGUAUACUAAAAAAAAAUAGAGUUUUAGUUUUAACAAAAUAAAUUUGUUUAAACAAAAUAAAUUUGAUUAAACUUUUAAAAAAUUGUAAAAUGUUAUUGCUUGGGCCACGACAACUUCUAAAGUCCCACUUUGUAUUAAAGCUCACAUAAGUAAUUGUAAUAAAGUAUUGCUUUUAAUAAAUGAUUUUGUUUAUGAGGCAAAUUAAUUUUCAUUUCUUUUUCUAGCCUGAGAGAAUUGAACCGCCAGAUCCAACUAGGCCAGAUUAUGAUAUCCGAGCUGAUGUUUGGAGUUUAGGGAUAUCAAUGGUCAGUAACAAUUUAGAAGGAAAACAACAACACCCCCCCCCCCCCCCCCCCAAAACCAUGGCACUGCUCCAUGUUUCCACAACCUAGAAAAAAGUUGUUAUUGUUCUCAAAAACUCAAAGCGGAAAAAAAAAAAACCUCAUUAAAUUUGUUAGUAUCUCAUAUCUGAAAAUUAUUACAUGGUUAUAAAAGAGAAAAAAAAGGGGGUGGGGGGGGCAAAGACAAGGUAUCUAAAGAAUUUUUUUACCAUAUGCCUCAAUUUUCUACUUGUUGAUUUGUAAUUUUCUUAGUCUUUUCAUGGCUUCUGGUAAACAAGUUCUGGGUCCUAAAUUAUUUUCAGCUUAUAGGGAUUCAUAUGGCAUCCUUCUGUCUUUGAGAGACAUUGAGCGGCUAUUGACACUUCAUGAAAUGGCUUACGAAACCGAUCAUGGAAUGGCAGUCUUUGCUGCAUUUCUCGCAGGGCACGAGAACCUUGACUCUAAAUUUGGCCCUCUGUUUUGUUGCAAGGGCUUUGUUUUGUACAUCUCCUGCCUGUUUGAAUCGUUCAUACACUGCUGUUUGCCAGUUAAGAUAAUGAUCACCCAUUCAUUGAGGUCUAUGUUGGCUUCCUUCACGUUUCUUUUGCGAAGAUCCUUAAAUCGCAGUUUAUAUAUCAGUUUUUAGAGGGAUUUAUAAUACAAAUAGGUUUCAUAUUAAUGGUGUGAAGAAAUAAGAGAUUUUUUUCGUUGUUUGUGUGUUCCUAUCAGGUUGAGUUAGCAACAGGUGAAUUCCCAUACAAGAACUGCAAGACGGAUUUUGAAGUUCUUACCAAAGUUCUGCAGGAGGACCCUCCGCAACUAGGGAUAGAAUUUUCAAUGGAUCUAAGAUCAUUUGUAAAAGAUUGGUAAGCAUCUGUAAUGAAUUAUGCCAUUUGUAAUGGCGAGAUUGAAUAUUCAAAUGUUUGCUCCUUCUUUUAAUGUGUUUAGAUUUCAACACUUGAGUCCACUGAGAUUCAAUCCUGUGCAUAAGACAUUUAAGCCAUUUAAGGAACCGAAGAGUGUCGUCAGUGAAUUUACAAUAUAAUAGUGGUCCAAUUUAUAAUCUGCUAGUAAAAGCUAGUAAACGCCACAGUGCAAAAAUCUGAAAGAAGUUUUUAUAUUUAUUAAGCCAUAUAUUAGGUGAAAAUCACAAAUAUGUUUAAAACAAAGAAAGGCUGCCACCCAAGAUGUAAAAAAACAAACAAAAGUCGAUAAAAAAUGUGUUUUCUGCUUGUUAAGUUUUCAUGUGAUUUGUUGACAUCCAGUUGUUUUAUUUCUGUGGUCACCUACGGCUACAGAUAAAUAGUUUAUAUGGUCACCUUGUUACUGACGUAGGGUUUACUUCAUGUUUUUUCAGCUUAACAAAAGAUUGCAAGAAGAGGCCAAAGUAUAGAAAGUUACUGGUACGUGUACAAUUAAUACUCAGGUAUUUGGUAGUAAAUGAAAAAAAUGUAACCCUCUUAAAAGAAAUAUAAAAAUAUCAGAUUGAUGAGUAAUUCUCCCUUAACGAAUGAGCUCUGUUUCUACUCCUGAGUUGUUAGGUGAUUAGGUCCAUAACUGAGGAACUUAAGUGAUUAGGUCCAUAACUGAGGAACUUCAGUGAUUAGGUCCAUAACUGAGGAAAGUAAGUGAUUAGGUCCAUAACUGAGGAACUUAAGUGAUUAGGUCCAUAACUGAGGAAUUUAAGCUUUUUUUAAAAUAAAAGUUAAAUGAAGUAGAAUAAAAAAAAUGAAAUAAUUUUUGUGAUUCCAAAAAAGGCUUGUUAAACAAGUAGGUUGUUAGGUGAGGAGCCCCUUGCGUUAAAUAAAGCACUAGUUAGGGGGGAAUUAACUCUUGUUUAAAUUGUUUAAAUAUCUCAACAUGGACAAGUUAUCUCUUGUUUAAAUUUUAAAAAUAUCUCUCGUUUAAAUUUUAAAAAUAUCUCUUGUUAUGGACAAAUUAUCCUUUGCUUAAAUUGAAAAUAUAUAACUCUCAUGUUAAAUGGAAAAAUUAUCUCUUGUUUAAAUUGAAAAUAAAUCUUUUGUUAUAUGGACAAAUCAUCUCUUGUUUAAAAUGAAAAUAUAUCACUCUUUUCAUAUGGGCAAAUUAUCUGUCUACAGAGCUGAUUUGUGAUUAAUGCAUGUAUUUAUUUUUUAACCGUUUGAUGAUUUGAACCAUUUGAUCAGGAACACCCACUCAUCAAGAGAUCUGAAGCUGAGCAUGUUGAUAUUGAAGCCUGGGUGGCCGAUAUGUCUCAACUGAUGGAGAUGAACAGGCCUUCGUGACAGGUAAGCUCAUGAAACUUAAGGAGGCUCAACCAGGUAAUCAUGAGAGGUAAGGGGCUGUCCAUUAAUCAUUUCAACAAUUAUUUGGCAAGUUUUUACUCCUUCCCUUUCCCAUGUCAACAAGUGUGAAACUUUCAAGGGACACCCCCCCCCCCCCCCCCCUUUCCCCCUCUCUUUUUUUNCCCUUUGUCCUCUAUGGAUAUUUUUUAAGGCUUAAGAUCUAGGCAUUGGCUGGGAACAAAAAAUUUAUUACAUUUUUAAUAACCUCUAUAACAAAUUUAAAAUGUGUAAAAAUUAGAAUUUAUGACUAGAGUUCAAUUUAAAUUGCAGAAUUUUUUAAAGAAUUGAUACUAAAAUCUAAAUAAAAUUUAUAAGUAAAUUUAUUAUUUCUUUCAUCUACUCAUUAGCCCAAAUGUUCCUCUUUUGCAAUAGUGCAUUGUAACUAAAUAAUUUAUCGUCACAUUCUGAUUAUUAUGGAACUGGGUGACAUCAUCCUUGUCUAGUUCUAACCUUUCAGCACUUUAAAAUAUCAGGAUUUUCUCUUUGUCAAUAAUUUUCAUCACCUCUGCUCUGUCUUUCUGGCAGCUAAACAGAUAAGUCACUUUUUAAAAAAAAUGUCUGUAUUUGUUUGUUGAAGAGCACAUGGUAAUUUCUUAGACCCAAUGGCAAAUCAUUGUUGCUUUUCUGACCAUUAAAAAUUAUAAGCAUGUUUAAAAUUAUUAAAAUUUUAAAAAAAAUUUCCACAAAUAAUCUGAGAUUUAAAAUUGUUAAUUGAUUGAUGAUAUCAAUGUAUCUUUUACCCCCCCCCCCGAUGUAAGUUAUGGAUGACCCCUAAGCAUAUACAACUAGAGAGUUGAUCAUGGCAUACGCAAACCUGGAAAAUCCAUGAUUUGUUUUAUGUCAAUUUAAAAAUAGAGACGUUAGGAAUUGGAGGGAUGUUAAUUAGGAAAUGGAGGGAUGUUAAUCAUUUUGAGAUUUUUUUUCUCAUAAAAAUUCUUGUUAGAAAUAAAAAAAAUAACUCCCCAGCAAAAAGUGCAUGUACUUUAGGGGCCACUAAUGGGGUUUGAGAAUUCCAUCGUUUAAUCAAUCCAGCCAUAACUAAUUUUUGAUUAACAAAUAAUAAUAAUAUUUGCUCAUUUUGCUUCCCAGAUCUGAUGAGAAAUGUGUUUAUAAACUAGCCAUUUGGAAGAGAGACAGUUGGCGUGAAAAAAAGGGACAUUUAUAACAAGGCUGAAUCACGCUAUUGGUGCACACUGAUUUCUGCACCAGAACCUCACACAACAGAACCACCGCUGUCUCUUCACCGUGAUAAUGGAUGGAAUGAACUAUGAACUCUUACUACAAGAGUUUAGAUCUCCCCCUCUGUUGACAGAGUGCUGUGGCUUGCAGAGAGUGCAUAGUCGGAUAGUCUUUCCACAAGUACUCUUCAAACUAUUGAACAGGAUUUAGUAUCAAAUAAAUAACAACUGUAAAAAAACAAAAAAAGGGAGGAAUUGUACCAGUUACAGUGUUUGGCUGGAAAGCCAUUGAGAAGGCAAGGGAUUUCCUUGAAUGGUACCAUCCAAGGUUUUUACAACAUGAGUGACAUGUUGUGCCAGUUGCUUUGCUGAGUGUGUUCAUUUCUGUCAGUCUUUAAGCAUUUUUUCUUGCUUGAACUACUGUAGCAUAAAGAAGUGCAUUGCACAAGUUUUUUUUCGGUGAACUUUUUCUGUUCUGCCAGUUUAAUGUGACUCUGAGGUCCUGUUUGCUAAACAGCAUGUAUAUUUGUACAAAAUAUGAGGCUAAAGAUCUUCUAUAUACACCUACAGGUCUUUUACUUUUACUAAUUUUUUUCUGUUUUAGGGGUGG